GGUGCAGGAAAAUAGAUAAAAGCUCUGUUUAAGAAGCUGGAGUUACUGCGAUAUGAUUUUCGACAAAGAGCAUAGUGAUUAUACUUUUUUUCCUUAGACUGCUUAUUAUGAUAUUACAGUGAUAGCGUGUUAUCGACAUCAUCUGUCGCUUACUACUCAAUUGUCGUACCUCAAAUCAGGGUUUUACCUCUCUACGUAUCGUAGGUUACUUUAUGCAGACUUGUUUGUUAAACCCGGGAAGGCGCGUGUGUUCGCUGCGUGUUUCUGUGCAAUUAGUCGCGUUAUCAACCUGCUGGUGGUAGUCCACUUUCCUUCAAGGAGCGCAGACACAUAAAAGGAGUAUUGGAGGGUCUAACUUACUCCAGAACGCACCCUGAUAGAGUUAACAGAUAAAUGGUCCAACGUUACAGGAGGGGUGCUGUGAAUGUAAGAUCGAAAUAAGUUUUUGCGUACUUUUUAAGAAAGCGAUACGCGUAAAAGUGACCCAGAAGCGGUACAUAUGCAGAAUAACAUUCAUCUCCACAAGUCCCGAAGGAUAUCAGCCCAGGUGUUCAUCUCAACUUCUCACGGAGUUUUGCAUCCCUCUAAGGACUUGGUUUGCUUGUGAUAAAACCUCUCGUCGGCGGGUUAGACCCAUCAGGAAACUGUUUCUAUUUCACAGUCUAUUAACUAAUUAAAGACUGAACAUGAGUAGGAAAAUACGUCGCUGGAUUUUUCACAUUUUCCUCUGCUUGGGGAUUAUAUAUUUGAAGAUUGGCGGCUUUUCCUCCGUGGUUGCGUUGGGAGCGAGCAUAAUCUGUAACAAAAUUCCUGGUUUGGCCCCUCGUCAAAGGACUAUCUGUCAAAGCCGACCUGACGCUAUCAUUGUCAUUGGAGAAGGAGCGCAAAUGGGAAUCAAUGAGUGUCAGUUUCAAUUCAAAAAUGGAAGGUGGAACUGCUCGGCCCUCGGGGAGAGAACUGUCUUUGGAAAAGAGUUGAAAGUGGGGAGUAAGGAGGCGGCCUUCACUUACGCCAUCAUCGCCGCCGGGGUCGCCCACGCCAUCACGGCAGCCUGCACUCAGGGUACCCUGAGUGGCUGUGGAUGCGACAAAGAAAAGCAAGGAUUCUACAACCAAGAGGAGGGGUGGAAGUGGGGCGGAUGCUCGGCCGAUAUCCACUACGGACUGAGCUUCUCGAAGGUGUUUGUGGACGCACGAGAGAUCAAGCAGAAUGCGAGGACGCUCAUGAACCUUCAUAACAAUGAAGUGGGACGGAAGGUAUUGGAAAAGAACAUGCGUUUAGAGUGUAAAUGUCACGGCGUAUCUGGGUCCUGCACCACCAAGACCUGCUGGACCACUCUUCCAAAGUUUCGCCAGCUUGGUUACAUCCUCAAGGAAAAGUACAACCACGCCGUGCACGUCGAACCGGUCCGAGCCAGUCGAAACAAGAGACCCACCUUCCUCAAGAUUAAAAAACCAUACUCGUACCGGAAACCCAUGGACACUGAUUUGGUGUACAUCGAGAAGUCGCCCAACUACUGCGAGGCAGAUCCUGUGACGGGCAGCAUGGGAACCCACGGCAGAAUCUGCAACAAGACUUCUCAGCAGGCCAACGGCUGCGACCUCAUGUGCUGCGGCCGAGGAUAUAACACGCACCAGUACUCCCGCGUGUGGCAGUGCAACUGCAAAUUUCUUUGGUGCUGCUACGUCAAGUGCAACACCUGCAGCGAGCGGACAGAAGUGUACACGUGCAAGUGAUAUAUUUAUUGCGGAGGUAUUUAUGCACAGCCGUUUUUGACUGGUAGAUGGUCUGAAAGAGUCACAACACUGAUGAUAACCACCGUUAUGGAUUCAAGGUAGAAAAUAGAGCCAUUUGCACAGAAUACUCGGACCUGGUGGUGCUACCGUGAGUCCAGAUGGAGAAAUUUGCAUGCAAUGCAUGCAGCUCCAGAGCUACACUGAGAGCUUUGGUAUUGGUACCGGUAGACACCUGUUUGUUUCCAGUACUGAGCAACAGAGCGAAGUACCCUGCGAAAAGCUUGAUCUGUGGACCAUGAGAAGGACGUGGGCUGUGGUCGGGGGGUGUUCUGCCCCGUCGGUAGUGUGAAAGUACUUCUCGAGGAAAUUUUGGCAAAAAGACCUGGGCUGAGGGAUGGCCGUUAUAAAUGUUCAAACACAAAAAAUGCAUGGACACAACAAUGGCUAUAUUUAACGGAUUAUUUAGAAAAACAGCUAAUUUAUUUAAUAAGAAAACUACUGAUUUUCGUCUCGUGUUUACUAGCUUAGACUUUAGGUUGUGUUUUGAUAUUGUUUUUGCAUAAAAUCAACUGACCAAGUUUUACACUGUAUUUUCAUGUGCUGUAGGGAUGAACCUACGACAAUGCACGAUACAAAAACAGCAGCGCGCUGCACUCAAGAUAAUUGCUAGUCGCUGAACGCGUAGACACCACUGUCUUUGUGUUUCUGUGCUGACAUUUUAACCCUCUACGUCAGUGUCAACCCUUGCACAUAUAUUCUUUGUACAAAUACACACUGGAAUUGAGCAUCGUGUGAAGGCUAAUUCAUUUCGAAGCGAACACAGUCACUUUCUUCAGAAAAGACAAUAAGCUAAUUUACAUAGGAUAUUCAUUCAGAGGUCCUUAGAACAAUCAGAUUUCCCACUUAUAUUAAACUUUAUGACCUCAGCUGACACAAAGGUUUAUGCUAAUGUGACCCCAGGCUCCCCUCUCUUUUGGCAAAUAUUUGCUGUGUGGGCAGAGAAACAGAUUCGGUGAAAAAUUCACUUUGGAAUGAAAUGGCUAACAUUCAGGAGAUGCUUCCACCUGCUACCGAUAUCGAAUGUUGAGAUCAGAUACAUGAUCCUGUUAAUGCUAUACAUUAUAGGUAAUAUAACACUUUUGCUGCUAGUCCUGUUCUGUUUUGCAACAGUAGUUAAUGCUAGUGUUUUGUGCGUUGUAAGCAAAUGUGCUUGUCCAGACAGAUCGUCCCUAUGUUGUCGUAUAUUUUCUAAGAGAUUAUUUUUAUAUGAGUAUUUUAUUUAUUUUGUGUAAAGGAAAAUCCCACGACCGAUGUCCUUCAGAUGGACAGAAAUUAGGGAGAUGAGCUAAAAACAGUGUGAGCACGAUUGUCACGGUACCAGCUUGAUCACUUGUGUUUACUUAAUCUACAUCGUGUAAACUGCAACUACAUUGUUUUUGUGAAGUAAUGCUCAUAACGGUGUAGUUGGCACAUUGUCUUAUUUCAGCAUGAAAGCCAAUCAGUAAACAGUUAAGCGUAGCAUCGUCAUGACAACAGUCCCCUAUGUGGGAUCGAUAAGGGAAACCAUAGUAAACUAAUCCUGGGACAAAACUCUUUGGUACGGAGUAAAAUGCAUGAUUGUUGGAGGGGUUUAACCAAAGAACAACUGAAAUGAAGCAUGACUCUGUCAGGAGUUUAAAAACAUGCCGGCCUUGAUGUAACUGAUAUUUCGCAACAGUCUGUGAUUUCAAUAGAUGUCUUGCCAAAUUGAUCGUACAUGGUUGUGUCAUCAUAAAUGGUUGAAAAAUGUUGUGCAUUAUGUUUUGAACAGUGUUAAUAAAUAUUUCCUUGGCUUGCA